GGAAAUAAAACCGAAAAAGCAGGGCUAAGGGGCUACGCCAGGUUGUUUCUAGACGAUACUGCAGCUUCUUUUUUCACUUUCAGCUUCUUGUUUCAUUUGAGCUUCUUUUUUCAAUUUCUUCAUGGUUUUGGAACGGUUCAGUCUUCGUCUUGCUACUUCACAGUUUCUUUUAUUUCCGUAGUUUUUUAGCUUAAGGACUCAAUUUAGUAGAUUCAGUCUUCUAGGAAAAGCAAAGAUGUUUCUCGACAUCAUGGGACUAAGUUCCCUCUCUCCGUCUCAGUUCUUCCGCAGUUGCGAGGAGGGUGGGUCGCGGUCGAGCACUAGCAAGCAGAGACCAACCACUUCAACUACAAACACCAGGACGAGAAGAUCUUCUCCAUCUAGUUGUAGAAGACCGACAAGUUGUAGGUUCCUUUGCCUAGCAGCAGUUUCGACGCUAUGUCUAGUAGAGGGCGCAGCAGCGACAGAUCCUGUCCUAGGCUCUCCAGGCGAUAGCAGAACUCUCUGUGCACCAGCAGUUCUACGAACGCCUUUGCAGAAACUCGAGCUGCAGCUUUCAUGGCCCGCUGCUAGCACUACUUCUGGCUACAAGAAACUGCGUGAAAGCCUAGGUUUCUUCGCUGGCGCCGGAGGGAGCGGUGGAGCCUCUUCCUCAGUGCCAUUCCACAUCAUCGGAAACCCAGUUAGAAAGGGCCUUCUCUGCCAGUUUCUGCACACACAUGCUCAUCACUAUGUGACGAAACUACUUGCACCGUUGAUGUGUGAGGACUGCAGCAAUGGCUGUGCGCCACCCUGUGUGCCAUAUAUGCAGUACGGAAAAACGACAAGCAAGGAUGGAAAGGCGGACAGUGUUGCUGAAACGGACGAUGACUUAUUGGAAAGUGGUGGAGUGAAGAUUAUGACUUCUGUUGUUUUUGCUGUAUGUCGUGUUUACUACUGACAUCUUUUUAACAAGUUCAAGUAACUACAGGUUUUCAUGUUGUGAUCCUUCAACUUUGUUCAUCAUGCAUCCUGAUAAUAAUUUUCAACAAGUAUAACAGUAAAAUCUUAUCAGUCCUCCUCUGACACUUAAGUAGUAUGUCCAUGCAAGUCAUUCUCAUUUGAACCACAACCAAGAGGUUGUUUUUACAACCUUCUACUCUAAUACCCAAGACUCCGGCGAAAUGCGGUAUGCUUGCGAGAUCAAUUCUCCUACGCAAUGCCUCUUCCUUGAAACGCCAACCGGCGCUUCUCUCCCAGCUGACUUGAAGGCGAACUGGAUAGUCCAGGUUGACGGCAUGCGCGUCAUCCUUCUCUUCGCAGGCAUCUUCUGCACUUUGUUUUACAAACCCUUAGGCAGGUCUGCGAUCGUCCACACCGUUCUCGGAGGACUCAUGGGGCUAGGCUUGUUCGUGGCGAUCGUGGCGUACUACAUGCUGAAACAAGCGAAGAAUGCAGUACCGGGUGGGAAUAGGACAUUUGCGAUGGUCAAUGUGUUGAUGGUGGUGACGCCAACAGUCGGGAUGUACCUCUACCAGACGUUUGCGCCAUCGUUUGCGAUGCUAGCGCAAAUGGUGACCACAGUGGCGCAGCUGAAAGAUCCGUACUACUUCUAGUUAUGACAUUUUUCUUCUCGAGCCUCCUGUCUUGAUGAUCUUCUUGAUUUGUCUCGAACCUCACCACAGGUAUUACGAAUUUCCUGUCGGCGCAGUUUUUCUCGGCAUAGCAGUUCUAGGCGGUGUCUGGCUCGGCCAAAAAGUUUUCGGUUCCUCAGCAAUGGAGGAAAUAUCAGGCGACGUGCCGUUUUUCAUCGCACCAAAUGGUGCCCGCGUAGACAUGGUCCCGGAUGAAGAUAGCACCAAUGCCGCACGACGAAUCCUCCAGUACUGCAUCUACGCCUUCGGAAUCAUCUCCGUUCUACGAAGUACCACAGUUCCUUUGAUGAACUUAACGAUAUUGGGAAUUCUUCUAGCGGGAAACACAGUGGUGCAUUUUCUGUGGACAUGGCAGAUGGCUAGACAAUCAAAUAGUAACCCUGUUGGUCGGACUGAAUUCAUUUCGCAAGCGGAAAUGCAGAAACGCUCGAAGGAAAACACCCAAAGGGAACUGGAGAAGCUACGAGCAUUUUUGGCAAGCAGAGACGGGAAAAAACAUAUCACGAAUGUACUAGACUUGUGAUGUAGUCGACGUAGUCCUGGGCCUCGUAAAUACGUUCAGAAGGCAAGCAUAAGUUAAAGUUAUCUCAUAGAUACAUUUACUCAACAGUAUCAGUAAUCUUCGGAUAGUUCGAAUUCUUGGAUUGAUGACAAUCGAUCAUUAUGAAAACAUCACUUCUCCCACUCCCAGGUCCGUAACUCCAACACCGAGCUUCGUGUCCGCCAGUUCGUAGAUGGCGGCAAUCAUGUGGAUUCGAAUCUGCUAGUCGAUGACGACGAUGAGACUGAUAAACCGUGGUGGAAGUUUUGGUGA